AGAAGAUAAUGUUUUCCUCUACCGCGGUCUUCCUUGGAGAUUGUUGCUUGAAAUAUUUUGGUUGCUUAUCUUAGCCGGAAAAUAACAUUUGACACUUGUGAUACAUAUGAUUUGCUAUUAGCGUGAUUGCUUUGCAGGCGAAGUGUGGAGGGCCCGCGAGCUAAAAGGACUUGGAAAUGGAAGAUGGACUCUCUGCCAAUGGAGAUAUCUAUCAGUGUUCACAAAUUACUCUCAAAAUGAUAAUGAUUACAGCCACAUUUGCAAUGUGAUGUCCAAAGCCUCCAUCACAUCUGAAAUCUAAAAUAAACAAUUAGAAAAAGGUCAGUUUCCUUUCACAUCCUCUCUCCUUAUGUAUACUGCUUUGGACACAAUCCGACGGUAGUUUUCCGUCGGCACACCACACCAAAGAAGAAUCCAACAGGCAUGUCUUCCACUUCCACCCGCAUCCAAUCCCUUGUGCUCGAGAUCUACUCCAGAAGACUCCUACUCCACGCUGCACUCCCCUGGCAGCGCUCUCCGCCGACCCCCGGGAUCGCCGACCGCUCAGAUUCGCAAGGAAGGGUCGUCGAUCCCACCGCCGUCAUCGUGGUCCUCACCGCCCUACUGUGCGCCCUGAUAUGUGCGCUGGGCCUCAAGUCCAUCCUCCGCUGCGCGCUCCGGUGGUCGAACCGGCCGGCACAGACCGGACUCAGAAGGAAGGCCUUGCAGCGGCUGCCGAGGCUGGUCUACUCCGCCGGGGUGAGGCUCACCGGUGCAGUCCCCGAGUGCGCCAUCUGCCUCUCGGAGUUCGUACCAGGUGAGCACAUACGGGUCCUUCCUAGCUGCAACCAUGGGUUUCACCUCAAGUGCAUCGACCGGUGGCUGACGGCGCGGUCCUCCUGCCCGACCUGCCGCCGGUGCAUGCACGUGGCGAAGACCGCGGCUUGCGCCGGAGAAGGCCAACCGGGUCCGCAGCCGGUUCAUGCAGUCCUCGUGCCCUUGGAACCCGAAGGUCUCGCCGCGACCCACCACUCCUAAGAAGUGUUAUUGGCCAUUUCGGUUUCCGUCUGCCAACUACACGGCGUGGUCUGUACAUAAUUCACCUUCCAAAGGAUAAUCCAGUGAAGUCGAUGUGGUUUCCACUAAUCUUUUUGGGCACUUUUCAUGUUCUUCUCCGUAUCUCGAAGCCCUCGAGGUCAAGAAGUGGCCUCCAACUACGAGGAAGUGGCAAUGGAAUCAAAGCGAAGUCCACCAAGAUUUCUCUAAGUGUAUAUAUCCAACGUGCGCCGAGUCGAAGCAUGACGUAUCCCCGCC